AUGCUUGGUUCGUCCCCUCGUAAUGUUGUGCGUGUAGGGUCGAGGCGCAGUAAUCUGGCACUUCUACAGACUGGAAUGGCAGUUAAUUUACUCCAAAAACAGAAUCCACAUAUUCUCUUUGAAGUUGUGGAGAUGGCAACUGUCGGCGACAAAAUUCUUGACGUUUCGUUAUCAAAGAUAGGUGAUAAAAGUUUAUUCACAAAGGAACUUGAAAAUGCCUUACUUAGUGGAGAAGUUGACCUUGUCGUACACUCACUUAAAGAUGUCCCAUCAAUCCUCCCUUCUGGCUUAGUCCUUGGGUGCGUGUUUGCCAGAGUAUCUCCAGAAGACGUUGUUUUAAUGGCUCCACAUUAUCGUGGGAGAAAACUUUCUGAUCUCCCUAUCGGAUCUACAGUUGGAACAAGUGCUGUUCGGCGCGUAGCCACACUUACACGCAAGUACCCAAAUCUAAAGUUUGUAUCCAUACGUGGAAAUUUAAACACAAGGCUUGCCAAACUCGAUACUCCUCCAGCUUCCAAAGAUAAUUGCUGUUCAGGCAAUCCAUCUCCAAGUUAUGAUGCGAUCGUUCUAGCUAAGGCGGGCGUUGAGAGGAUGGGCUGGUCGCACCGUAUUGAUCAGGUUUUAACCGAUUCUUUUUAUGCUGUGAGUCAAGGUGCAUUGGCUUGUGAAUGUCGUCUAGUCGAUAAUUUCAUUAUGGAUUUGUUAUCGCGUAUCCAUGACGAGUCAGCUGCCUUGACAACUAUUGCUGAGCGCAGUUUGAUGCGUCAACUUGAUGGUGGUUGUUCUAUCCCGAUUGGUGUGCGCAGUGAUCUUGUUGUAAAAGGAGAUUUGAACUAUUAUCAACUUACUCUUCAUGCAAAUAUACUCAGUGUUGAUGGUGGGAGGAGUAUAGAAAGAUCUGCCUCUGUUGUUUUUCCAGAUAGAAUGCCCAUAAAUGAUUGUGUGGAGUCAAGCUGCAAAUUAGUGCAAAAAUCGGGCAGUUAUGAUGACGUGAGCACAAAUACACCAAUAAUCGAAAAUAAGGGGACCUCACUAACCUCUCCUACUAAGGAUGAGUUAAAAGCAGCAUUGGAUGCAACAUCUAUAUUUAUGGGAGUUAUAGUUACUCCAUCAUCCGAAAUGUCCCGUCUCAGAAUGGCUAUUGCUCAAAGUUUGGGUUGCGCAGUAGCAAAAAGUCUACUUCUAUCCGGUGCUGAUGAAAUUCUUUAUGAAAUACGUUCCCAAUCUAGUGGAAACAUUGGUUCAGUCUUAAAACAUAAUCGCAUAUGGACCAUCAAAAGUCCAAGAAAAAACGCAAAGCUUACUACCGAAAAUGUGCUUUUGGUUCAAAAAAAUCACCCAGGCAUGACCGGUUAUAUACUAACUUACAAUCAACAGCAACGGUUAGCACAUAUUGAGACUUAUCGUUUGUUAAAUCAUACUUUAGAUGAGAUUUCUGUUGAAAAGGAUGGAAGUGAGUCAUAUAAAAAUAACAGUCCUGUAAAUACAAAUAAUGAAUUAGUUGGUUCCAAACCUUCUAAUAUGGUUAGUGAUGAAAAGAAUAGUGAUACUGAUGACUUAUACUCACAGUUGCUUCGUGAAAAUUGUUCAAACUAUCCUGCCAAUUCGAAAAACAAAUUUGUUUUCUGUUCUGUAAAGACGCAUGUCAGUAACUGUUCUUUUAUUCUUCAUCAGACUCAUUUACUUUGUGCGGCAGAACUUUGUAAUCGUGUAUUCGAAAGACUACUGUCGACUUCCAAUGCAGAGUCUCGUUAUGUUCUUCGUUUGAUGCCUGUUGUAGACACAUGUCGGUCAGAUUUGCCGUCACUCGAAAAUUGUGUGCUAAAAGCGUGGUCAAACUUCCUUGGUCUAGCAUCAUGUAAAAUUAAUACAAAAUGUUCUAAAGUUGAGGUACCUCCAGACCAGUCAAGUGAUGGCGAGAACGCAAAUAAUGAUAACGAGUCCUCAACUAUACACGUCCCAAAGCAAAUUGCUUGUGAAUCUACAUUGAAUGGAUCGAAGACGUUUAUGAUUAUGUUCAAAUCUCGUGGUUUCAAAGCUAUUACGCGUGGUGAUGCUAUACGCCGUACAGUGGAAGCAAUCAAAUCAAUUGAUUCAUCUUGGAAUAUAUGCAAUUCAUCGCCUUCAGUUGUUAUCUCAAUAACUGUUCUGUGUAAGGUGACUUGUGUCAGUUUGUUGGAAAAUUUCUUCAAAUAUCGUAAAUACAAUAUAGCAGAAGUUUGCUCACCAUCACCUAAAUGUGAUUGUACAAAUAACAUAAAAAAUGACGAAUCCAAAUAAAAUUUAUUUUUCAAUGCACUUCUCUUUUCUGUUCUAUCGAGUAUUAGAGUUGGUACAUGUUUU